CCGAUUUCAAUCUGUUUAUGUAAUUUAAAAUCUGGAAAGAUUGCAAUAUUUAAUUAAAAUGCUUGAAAGUGAAGCCGACAGUCUUUUAACAAGCGCAAACCACGAUAAAGAUUUUGGUAACAACUUAAAAGAUGAUUUUUUGGAGACAUCUCAGAUUAUUUUACAGUUGGAAAAUACCAAAGAAAUGGAACUUGAACAACUUGUUAAAUCUGUUCAGAGGAUGACGGUUUUAUAUUCAUUAGAUAACCGCGACUGGAAUAAAACAUUGCUGGAUAUAAUUAAAAGAUGGUUACUACACGCAGCAGAACCUGUUCUGACAAUUUUUUAUGAUUGCAACAUUCUAACAGGAUGUCUUGGAUUUCCAGUUGCCCCGGUCCUAGAUUUAUGCUACUUUAUUCGUUCAUCAAAUCAAAACUUCUCAAUAGAUACCUUUCAUGAUUUGGUUAACUAUGGAACAAUUCAUGAUGAUGUAGAUGGCUGCCUCUUAAGUAUAUUGGAAUUUGUUUAUGCUCCCGUCUUCCGUAAUUUUAAAGAAUGGGGAGAUAAUGUAAAGCAGCGUUUUUGCACAGCCCUAGAUAAGUUUCUGGCCUUUUUAACAGGAGCAUAUUUCAAAAUGUCUGGCAUGACGGUUUUAUAUGUACCAUAUGUCGUAAAACAAAUCGAUCGGGAAAGCAUAUCAUAUGAAAGAGAGUUUGUUAAGAACUUGGAAGUUAUUGCAGUAUCCUGGGCUACUCAAAUUCGAACACUACUAAAUGACAAAACGCUGCCAGUUUCUAAUGAAUUUAUUAGUGUUGAGGAUGAGUACGAGUUUUGGUUAUAUCGUUUCGAAGUUUUACAAGGCCUUAACGCACAACUAGAACAAGCUGAUGUUCAACAAAUAAUAAGAGUACUGCGUAACACUCAUUCGGUAUAUAUAAAGCAGAUUGAUGAACUAAUAUAUGAAUCGAAGCAUGAAAUGGAUGAAGGAAUGUCAAAUAUAAAAUUUUUACAUCUGCUUAUGAAUCCUUGCGCUGAAAUAGAUUUAGCUAAUAGCCCAGUAUUUGUUUCACAGCUUAUACCAGGAAUAAUUCAUUUAAUUCGAUUCAUUUGGUUAAAUUCAGAAAGUUAUAAUCGGCGUGACUUGAUAACUGGGCUGUUCCGAGACUUAAGCAACCAAAUAAUACGCUUCUGUACGGAAAUAACUAAUGUUGAUAAAAUACUUUCUGGUAGUUCAAGAUUCGGAAUAAAAAUGUGCAACAUGUGCAUUGAUUGUUGCUUGACUUAUAAAGGAAUGUACGAUCUUAUGUCAAAAGAACAUGGAAAAAUCAAUAAUGAGUAUGGUUGGAAUCUGGACAAUGCUAUGAUUUUUAAUCAUGUAGAUGCAUUUAUGGAGCGGCUUAAUGACGUUAUUGACAUAUGCGAAUCAAUGAUUGUGUUUGGUCGAUUAGAUGAAACUGAGAGUAUACCUAAGCCACAAUUUGGAGGCACCAGUGGAGGUGAAUUUGAGACAACAUCUGCUCGCGUUGAGACUCACUUUCUGGCCACACUGACAGCAUUAAGUACCGAUUCGAAAGAGUUAAUAUUAAAUGUGAAUAAAAAUGAAUGGUACGAAGAAGUAAUAAAAUAUCGACGAACAGUUCAAAGUAUGGAAGAAACCGUUCAGCGUUUAAUGUCCAAUGUCUUUCAGCAUGUUUGUAAUAUUGAAGAGGCCUUAGAGACGCUGAACAUCUUAUUAUUUUAUUCAUAUCGUAGUACAAUUCGUAAGACAUUUUUACGACAAGUCUCAAAUGUGUGGGUUAUGUUUGCAACUGAAAUAGAUAGUACUUCGCAAAUGCUUAUGGAUCGUAGUAAGUUACACGAGUCUUGGGUCCCGUACUAUGCUUCGCGUGCUGUUGGGUACCACAUCAAUCUAGAAAGAUUAAAGUGGUUACGAAAUCGAUUAAAUUCUUCAGAAUGGUUGCCUAAUGUAUCCGAGGCUGCCAUUGUGCUGUUCAAAUAUGAAAUUCUUCGCAAAGAAUUUGAUAAAGAGAUUAAAAAGAUAUAUGAUGAAUGGCAGAAAAAUUGUUGUAUGUUGAACCAAAAACUGGAUCGAAAUCUCAUUAUCCGCAGUAAAAAAAAAAAGGGUUUAAUAGAAUGUAAUAUUGACCGCACAGUAUUAACUAUUUGUGAACAAGCAGAACAUUUUGAGCGCCUUGGAUUUGGAGUACCUGGACCUGUUCGAAAAAUAUAUGAAAAACAUGAAACUCUACGUUUUGUAUAUAAUAGUGUAGUGCAGGUGUGCCUUAACUACAAUCAUAUACUAUCAGCUCUUUCAGAGCAAGAAAGAAAACUUUUUCGUGCACUGAUUCAAGCGUGUGAUCGCAAGAUUGCACCUGGGAUUUUUAAAUUAACAUAUGGUGGUGAACUUAGUGAUGCCUACAUUGCAGAUUGCGCAAAGCAUACUAAUAAGCUUCAAGAAACAAUGGAUAUAUAUAAGCGAGCAAAUCUACAUGUUGCCCGUACAUGCGAAAAAAUCUGCGAUACUCCAAUGCUUAAAUUUAAUUUCGCAGGUGCGGUUAUAAUAUCACUUUAUGAAUAUCAAUUGACGAACUAUAUCCGUCGUGUUACAAAUUUACUUCGAGGCUACUAUAACACUAUUAUCGAUUUAUUGUUUGCUGUAUUUAAGGAGUUCCAAUCGGUCAUUGAUGAUCUUUGCUCUAAGGAUUUGCUCUGCACAGUGGUCUGA